AUGCAAACUCAGGCUCAGCCCCAGAGAGUAACAGCGAUGGGAACCAAAGACAACACAAACUUGCUGGAGCAACCUUAUUCAUCACAGCCUGUGCGACAAAGCUGGGGCGCAUCAGCGUCUGCCGCAUUCUGGUCCAAUUUUGAUCAUUCCACAUCUGCACUGGUCGAGUGGGAGCAUUCGACCCAUUCAGGCCAAGCAUCGACAUCUUCCUCGUCUUCAAGCACACACAAGGACGUUCCUACCUCUGACUCGUUUCACCGGACAUGUCAAAGCCCACAUGAUGACGGGAUGGCCUCUCCGGCCAUAGAUUUACAGCUUCGUGGCCUCGACCAAACAUACGAGGCCAAUAGUGGCGAGUUUGAUAUGUUUAUGAUAGACGAAAUGUAUCCGGAUAAGCCGAACGCCUCCAGCUCUGUCUGGCCGAUCAGUACCAUUGCAAGCAAGAAUGAGAGGCGUAAAGCGCAGAACCGUGCCGCACAGAGAGCAUUCCGGUUUCGACAGCAGCAGGCCCUCCACGAUGCGACUGCAAGAUUGCACGCGUUGGAAGCAGAGCUCAAAGAAGUUCAUGGCAAGAAGCAACAUUACCAGCAGCUUUUUGAGAGUCUCACUGUCGAAUAUGAGAAGCUACUCGACAGGUUCGAACACAGCGUGGGAUCUACCAAAUCAUCCAAGAGGUCGUGA